AUGUCAUUCAAGGAACCUGUCGUCCAACUCGCCCGCGAGCCGUCCAACGACGACUGCGCGUUGCUCAUGUUGCCGGUCGAGAUCCUCAAGUACAUCUCCGAGCUCGCCUAUCGCCACCCAGCCCGCCCCGAUCAUCCGCUCGACGCACCCGACCCCCUCCAAGUCGAGAUCCUCCGCCAGCAACCGGCGCCGCACCGCCCGCUCUGCCGCAGCCUGUACCCGAUCGAGCAGGAGCAGCUGUACCGCAGCAUCGAGAUCAAGUCGUUCCGCACCCUCGACCUCCUCCAGCGCACGCUCGUCGAGGACAGCCGCGAGCCCGGCCGCAGCCUCGGCUCGCUCGUCGCGGCCCUGUCGUUCGACACCUCGUGGCAUCGCAAGCGGGCCAACCCCGCCAGCACUCGUCACGAGCAGGACGAGCUCGCGCGUCCAGAUCGCCCGUACCACGUCGACUCGGCGGCCGCGGCAACUCGGCUCGUCGCGAGCCUCCUCGGCGCGCUCACCGGCCUCGAGUACUUUGGCCUCCGGUUCAACCCCGGACUGCGGCCAGAAGACCACGAGCUGUUACACCUCAUCUUCGAGCACCCGUCAACGCUCGUCCACCUCGACUCGGUCCAGCACUUCGCCCUUCUCAUCUACGGCCCCGACCUCGACGCCGCCUUCCCGGACGACGCCGGCGCGUGGCUCGCUCAACUGGGCCAACUGCGCAACGUCAAGACGCUCGAGUUGAGCUUUCACGCGCACGGCACGCCCGUGAUCCUCCAGACCUCGUCGUCGACGCGCCCGGUCUUCAACCAGGUCCGCACGCUCAAGAUCUCCGCGAGGCUCGACACCUGGCGCGUCCCGCUCCGCGACCUCGUGCCGCACCUCACGUCGCUCGAGGUCUACAGCGGGGGUCCCUCGAGUGGGCACGCCGAGCUGCGCUCGCUCGUCGCGAGCGCGCCCACAUGCCUCGUCGCGCUCUCCAUCGACGCGUACGUCUCGGCGGACACGCUCGGCGCCAUCGAGGACGUGCUCCCCACCUUCCCCCUCCUCCACACCCUCCACCUCGACAACUCGUGUCGCGACCAUGCCCCUCUACCGUCGUCGCUCGCCCGCCUCGACAACCUCGAGAUCCUCCAUUUCGGUCCCUCGGCCGUCCUCCCCGACUACGCCCUGGUCGACCUCGUCACGGGCCCGCACCGCCUCAAGGCGCUGCGCAAGCUCACCCUCGACUACAUCGAGGCGUUCUUCGAGGAGACGCUGCGCGACGCAGGCGGCGUACUGCCGCACGGCCGCGACUGCGACGCGUCCGGCCUUUACUGGGGCUGGGACGCGCCGGACUGGCCCGAGGGCUGCUCGUGGCGCGAUCUCACGACCGCCGUCCGCCUCGUGCGCGCUCGCGGCGUCGUCGUCGACGGCUUGGCGGUCCGUGCGCUCGAGUGGUACGGCGAGUACGCCGCCGAGCGCGACAAGGUCGCGCGCCGCCGAGGCUUCGAGAUGGGCGACUGGGCAGACGCGAGGCGGUUCCUGGGCGCGAGGAUUGUCGAGUUGCUCGAGGAGGAGCGCCAGGCGCGGAUCCACGCGGCGGACGAGGAGGAGGAGGAGGGGGACGAGGUGAGGGGCUAG